AUGACAUCCACAAUCCGAGCAAAGCAGAUUGUGGAAAAUCCGUUUCCAUCCCUUCAAAUUGGGCCCUACCAUACCGUUUCAAGUGCACUUCAGCCUUUGUCCUUCGUGGGGACCCUUGUCCCAUGGAGCAACUUUCUAAGAUCUGUUGAGCAUACGCACACAAACCAAAAUUGGGCGAGGUCAAGGGCAUCGCCUUACGGCAAUGGCCCCCACUCCACGGAAGCCGAUCGGGUGCAUGUCGGGGAUGAGCAUGGCCUCCAGGGCCGUUUCCAACAGGCCAUUGGCCAAACAUUUGGGGCGGUCGUGGAGGCCAAGGCGAUCAACCUCUACUUCGCCGACUUCAAAAGCUCGGGAGCAACUACGACAAGAUCCCCAACGUUGUCGGUCUUCAAGGUAUGGCCGGAAAUACUACAAUCAAGCUGGUCGGAGAGCUAA